CAUUGUCAACUAGUCAUGGGUAACGGAAAAAAUGCCCGGGGAUUAAGAGACAGCCGGGUGGGCGACAGCCAUGAGGCGGAGGGGCCCUGGAGGGAGCUGGGCAGAAAGAGGCACCGCCGGCUACCCUCCAAGAAGAAGAGGUCCUGGAAGCCGUAUAACAAACUGACCUGGGAGGAGAAGAAGCGACUGGAGGAGAGGGAGUUGCAGCGGGCGUCCAAGAUGCGGGCCGAGAUGUUCGCCAAGGGCCAACCGGUGGCCCCUUACAACACCACCAAGUUCCUGCAGAAGGACUUUUCCGAGACCUACGAGAAGUACCACGUGGAGAGCCUGCAGGACAUGAGCAAGCAGGAGCUGAUCCGUGAGUACAUGGAGCUGGAGAAGUGCAUGAGCCGCAUGGAGGAGGAGAACAACCGCCUGAGGUCACAGCAGGCCGACCCCCCCAGGCUCCAUGAACUGGAGAUGGAGCUGGAGAAGCUGAAAGCGGAGAACCGGCGGCUGCGGAGGGAGCAGGUGGUGGCUGACUCUAUGGGGCACUGA